AUGAAUCAAAAACCUCCGCCGUACGGUUAUGGCACCGGUGGUGGAGGACCUCCUUCCUCAUCCAACACGAUCGUCGGGACGUUGAGCGCUCGCGCCAUACAGACGACGCACUCGAUGAUCACGACGCUCCGUCCAUGGCGGGAGCUUCUAGAUCUGUCGGCGCUCUCUCUCCCUCACAAAUACGACGAGGCCAUGGCGCACCUAAGGCAGAACCUCUCUUAUUUCCGCGCAAACUACGCUCUCGCCGUGCUCGCCAUCGUUUUCCUCGGCCUGGUUUACCACCCGACCUCUAUGGUCGCCUUCAUCGUCGUCUUCAUCGGCUGGAUUCUCCUCUAUUUCUCGCGAGACGCCAACGACCCGAUUGUGAUUUCGGGGAGACAAGUGGAUGACCGGAUCGUCCUGGGUUUACUCAGCUUGGUAACGAUUUUGGCGUUGGUGUAUACAGAUGUGGGCGAAAACGUUCUGGUUUCGCUGAUCGUUGGUUCGCUCACCGUCGGAGCUCACGCCGCUCUCCGUAGUACCGAUGAUUUGUUUCUUGAUGAAGAAACUGCUCGCCAGGGUGGGCUCGUAUCCGCCGCUGAAGGAAACCGGCCACCGUCAAGUUAUACCCCAAUUUGA